AUGCCGCACUGGUAUACCAAUGUCUACUCUGAAGCAAAGGGUGGUGAACAACCACACAUGUCGGCCGAACCUUCUGAGGGCAGCUUCAAAGGUAAAGAUGGUGAUAUCCAGGAGGAAGAGCUUCCUUCACCAAGGUGGAGGACAUAUAGUGAACGCCUCCUUCAUGAGUUUGGAACUACUCCGGAGCAAGAGAUGCAGAUGGCAGCCAGUCGAAUGGCAUUGGCACGUGGAUCGCAAGGCUCCGUGCCAGCGGGAACGGUCCCUGUGGACCGUGCAGAAGCACCCCUUCCACCUGAGAAGGAAGCUUCUGCAGACAAAGGGAAUCUUUCUGAGCCCCUGCUCUCUGGACAGCCACAAGAUCCGCAAGCACCUGAUGCUCCAGGAAUCGUCCAAAGAUUAUGGGGUACAGAGACUGUUCUGGACAAGGACAAACCAGUCCGAAGGGCCAUUGUUGCUGUCCAACCAAAGACUUUGUACUCAAAUGAAAGAACUUUUCUGGAGUGGAUCCAUUUCGCAACAAUCCUUGCCGCUGCUGGCAUCUUGAUGUUGCACACAACUCAAGAGGCCGGACAUGUGGUCAUCGGGCGUUUGAUGGUCCUUGCAGCGAUUUUUCUAGUCGUUUGGGCAAUACAUGUUUUCAACUGGCGUGCUGAUGGUCUGGACUUGAAAGUUGACAUGAGCUACGAGGACCAUGUGGGGCCGGUGGCAUUGGUUGGCAGUAUUCUGACAGCUUUGCUUCUUUCAAGCAUACAUGCUGCUUACUCUUUUGUCCAAUGA